AAAACCUCUAAAAUCAGGGUUUUAAGACUAUCAGUGUUCCCCUCUCCAUAUUUUCCCUUCUUCUCUUUCUCAUUUCUCCGGUGAGCAAGAGCAAAAAUGACCAAAUUCAGGAAAUUGAAUCGUCCAACCGGACAUCGUAUGUCCAUGCUCAGGACAAUGGUGUCGCAAUUAGUAAAGCACGAGCGAAUUGAAACUACAGUUGCUAAGGCAAAGGAAGUCCGAAGGUUGGCUGACAAUAUGGUGCAGCUUGGAAAGGAGGGAAGUCUAUCUGCUGCAAGACAGGCAGCUGCCUUUGUGCGUGGGGAUGAUGUCAUUCAUAAGCUAUUUACUGAUUUGGCUUACAGAUACAAAGAUAGAGCUGGUGGAUACACCAGAAUGCUCCGAACUCGAAUUCGAGUAGGUGAUGCUGCACCAAUGGCCUACAUAGAGUUUAUUGAUAGAGAAAAUGAACUUAGACAAUCCAAACCACCAAAUCCUCAACCUCCACAGAGACCAGCCAUGGAUCCCUGGACAAGAUCUCGGCUUAGCCGGCAGUUUGCACCACCUAAGGAGGAGAAAAGCUCCGACUCUGAUAUUUAAUAUUAGUUCUUUUUUGGUAGUGCAUUCAAGAUGGUUGCUUUUAUCUUCUCAUUUUAUAAUGAUACAAAUGUUUGGAGCCUGCAUGUAACAGUGUAAUGAUAAUAAUGUUUCAUUCAACAGCUUCUGUAUUUUCCAGCCU